GGAAACAUGGGUCUCAGAAAUAUUCAAAGCAAGACCUCUUCUAGUUGUGAAGGAAAGGUACGCAUACCACGUGGUUCAUAAACUAGAGCAACUUUUCCUUUGGGACAUGGAAAAAGAACUGAAGCCUACAGAUACACAUCAGUACUAUUUCGGAUGAAGUCGCACACUGUAACAUAAUUGCAAUGUCUUCUUUCCCUUCACUUACUGAGAAGCAAAAGAACAGAAGACCAACUGUGUGGCCAUCAGAAACAUCAACUUGGGGAGAUGCACCGAGUUUCUCAUUUGACUACUAUGACCACGAUGCCCGUAAGCAGGUUGGAACAUUAUCAGAUCCACAUGAUACACAGUAUCAAGAACUCAGUGGCAUGAAACCUGCCCAACACUUCAUUCCUGAAUCCUGGAAGAGGUAUUUUUGGAAAAGCCGGAAAAAUGGAGAACCUUUUCCACUGAAGAAUUUGGAAGGUGUCCACAACUCACCACCAGUUACACCACUUCUAGAUGCUAGCACAAACUCCACUCUUGAGAAGAAGAGUGGUAUUCUCACUGCAUCAUCAAACAGUGUUAAUCCUGCUCAUAAUGUUAAAAAUAAGAAAACUCCAGAUUCUCUGGAAAGGAGGAGUCAGAUGAACUAUGGAGAAAAGGUAGAAGCAUACAGCUUAAAAUACUCCUACAUGAAGUCCUGGCCUGGUUUGCUCAGGAUCCUAUCUGGAGUGCAGUUAAUUUUGGGUGGUAUGGUGUUUGCCUGCACAUGUGCCUAUAUUCAGAAGGACUACCAGUGGUACAAUCUCUUUGGUACUGAACUCCAAAGAACAUUGCCUGGUGGCUACAGCUAUUAUGGUCCAAUGACUCCAUUUGUGAUGAUUGUUGCUAGUUUGGUUUGGCUGGUAACUUUGAUCCUGUUGGGGUUGGGUCUGACCAUGUACUACCGGACUAUUCUCCUUAACUCUGACUGGUGGCCUCUCACUGAGUUUGCCAUCAACAUGAUCAUGUUCCUUUUGUACAUGGCUGCAGGCAUUGCGUACGUCAAUGACUUAAACCGUGGUGGCCUCUGCUACUCUAUGUUUGCUGUCAACCCACUAAUGGUGGCAUUCUGUAGGGUGGAAGGGGGUCAGGUGGCAGCCAUAGCUUUUCUCUUCUUCAACAUGCUUCUUUACUUGUUUGGCUCUUUGGUAUGCCUCAAAAUGUGGCGACAUGAAGAGAGGCGAAGGCAGGCUGAGAAGGUUAAGAGAAUGGACAGACCAAGAAGAAUAAUCUUUCAAGAUGAAGUUCAGCAUUUAGAGGACAUGAAAGGGAAAGUCACCAAAACUAUCCAUUUCACAGAGAAAGGCAGUGACUCUGGAGCUCUUAAUCGUUCUAUCCCUGCAGGUCACCGGCCAAAGCCUCACAUGGUGCCGGAUUAUGUUCUAAAGUAUCCAGACAUUCAGAAUCCAGAAGAGCGGGAGAAAUAUAAAGCCGUUUUUAAUGACCAAUAUGCUGAGUAUAAGGAGCUUUACAGUGAGGUGAGGACUGCAUUACUGAAAUUCAAAGAGUUGGACAGUAUGAUGGAAAAAAUUACUAGUGGACCUCAAAGUAAAAAGGCACCAGAUAGGAUCAAAGUCAUCUCUGAAAAAUAUAAAAAGAAGAAAAAUGAUCCUGCAUUCAUAGAGAAACGAGAGCGCUGUGCCUAUUUAAAGGAGAAACUAAGUCAUAUCAAGAAGCAGAUCCAAGCCUACGAUCAGUGUGAAGGAUCUGUAUAUUUCUAAAAGAUGAUAUAGUCACACAAAACACUGAGAACAAUAUAUUUAAGU